UAGUUUUUAGCUAUCCCCAAAAAAGUUGCAGAAUUUUAUGAUACACUCAAAAAUGGCUGCCACUACUACUCUACUACCUAACUCCAUUUCUCCUUUCUUUACUAAUUCACCUUAUUUUGCUAUAACCCAUGUCACAAAUGUACCUUUCUUGAACAACAAUCCAUCUUUUUCCGCCAGAAAAUCAGGGAUUUUUUGCCCCAAUGCCAAGAAAAAAAAUCCAUGGCUUGACCCUUUUGACUAUGGUGAUGAUCCUGAAAUGGAGUAUGGUUCACUUUUUUCUGAAGGCAAACAAGAUGAAGAUCCAAGGCCACCUGAUAAUCCUGAUAACCCAUAUGGAUUCCUCAAAUUCCCAAUGGGAUACUCUGUUGAAAUUGCUUCAUUGGGUUUGAAAAUUAGAGGUGAUGUUAGGAGAUGUUGUUGUGUUAUUGAUGGUGGGGUUUAUGAGAAUUUGCUGUUUUUUCCAGCAAUUCAGAUGAUUAAGGAUAGGUACCCUGGUGUUCAAGUGGAUAUACUUGCAACAGCCAGGGGAAAACAGACAUUUGAGAUGAAUAAAAAUGUGAGGUGGGCUAAUGCAUAUGAUCUGGAUGAUGAUUUUCCUGAACCAGCUGAGUAUACUGAUAUGGUUGGAAUUCUUAAGAGUAGGUACUAUGAUAUGAUCCUGUCAACCAAACUGGCAGGGAUUGGACAUGCAGUAUUUUUGUUUAUGUCGACUGCUCGUGACAGAGUUAGCUACAUUUACCCAAAUGUGAAUUCUGCAGGAGCAGGAUUGUUUCUGUCAGAAACUUUUACACCAGAAACCAUGAACCUUUCCGAGGGCGGAUAUCAUAUGUACCGUCAGAUGAUUGAUUGGUUGGGCAGACCAGCUCGUAAAGUACCACGACAACCUUUACCUCCACUUAAAGUAUCAAUCUCAAGAAAGGUUAGGGAGGUUGUGGAGGCAAAAUAUAAGAAUGUUGGUGCACAGAAAGGCAAAUAUAUUGUGAUUCAUGGGAUUAAAUCAGAUUCAAAAGCUUCUAUGCAGUCAAGGGGUGAUACUGAUAGCUUGCUCCCAAUUGAGAUAUGGGCUGAGAUAGCAGAGGAGAUAAGGGGAGUCAAGCCAGUUUUUGUCAUUCCGCAUGAAAAAGAAAGAGAAAAUGUGGAAGAUGCAGCUGGUUAUGAUGCUAGUAUAGUGUUCAUAACCACCCCUGGACAGCUUGCUGCUCUUGUUGAUGACUCUGCUGGAGUGAUAGCUACAAAUACAGCUGCCAUACAACUUGCUCACGCACGUGGAAAACCAAGUAUUGGGCUAUUCUGCUCUGAGGAUAAGGCCAGAAGUUUUGUUCCCAAUGCAGAAGCAAAAAAAUGUGCAACUAUUUCAUCAAAGACUGGAAAAUUGGUUGAUAUUGAUGUUGAAGCUGUGAAGAGUGCUGUUCAAAUUUUCACCAUGCCCCUAGCAAUCUUCUAAUAUUGCAUCUUCCAGUUCUCUUCCAUAUAGUAAUGAAGUAUUCCUGUAAUUGUUACUAUUCCAUUUUCUUCUCAAUUGUAAUUAAUAGAAGCGGAAAGAUAUUUUCGUUCUUUUUUUAUCUCAACAACAAAGGAAUAUGAAGAUAUGUUAUUUAUCAAUAUGGCGUUUUAGGACAUUUUGAUAUCUUGUUUAUGAAGUUGGAAAGAUUGUUUAAGAAUAAAGAAUUUCACAA